AAUCGCAUAGAGGAUGUUGCCAAGCAUGUUCAAACAACGUUGUGGCUGCAAUUCUCUAUUGGAAUCUUGACCUUUUGAAGAGUGGUUUGGUGUUGGUCACUUGGGGAUUUCUUGCCUUCUCUUUACUCCGUUAUAUCUUUCCGCUUCUCCGGAUUCUCCAUCAUGCCUCGAAUUCCAAAGUUCACACCCGGUCCUUCGCGACUUUCCCGAAUCCUGCAAAACCUGACGCGAGGGCACAAACCUGUCAUUGCACAAAUGAAAUCGUUGAAGUUAACAUUGGCAGCGAGAAAUGAUCAUUGGGGUGCCAGACACUUCGUAGCAGAGGAGUUGCCUCGCAUUAGAUAUGCCAACCCAGAAGCGGGGAUUGAGAUUAACAAGGUUCCGAAGUCGCCGCAGGACAACUGGAAGCCGGAGCUGGUCGUAGAGAUGCGUACGUCUGUCCCGUCUCGCUCAGAUCACAACUCAAUUCAUAUCAUUCCUCUCGGCAUUACAGGUGAUGGCAAGAAGCACACUUUUAACUUGGAGAACAAGCAUUCUACCUCAAUAUUUACGGAACUCAUGGACACGCUCGGCGGCACACCCUGGUCAAGAUGGAAACAACAGCGAACGACGGAGGGCCUCCCAUUAGUGGAACCUCCCGUCCCCGUCCCUGCAAAGUUCGACAUCAAGGUCGAAGCUUUGGGCGGGCAGGUCAAUAAAGUUCCGGAAAUUGUUGCCAAGCUGAAGGCGAGGGCCAAAAAGGAGAAAAAGGAGACGAAAGAGAAGAAAGAUACAACAAAUUACGACGACAUGUUCUUCAGGUCGGACAAGCCCAAGACCGGAGCCGCUGCUGUCCUCCCGUAAUCACCCACCCUACCCUCGUCAUUCGUACUUUGCUUUCGUGUACCUUACCAUUCUUAAUACCCGCUCUUGCGACAAAGUCAUAAGUGAGUGAGGAAAUGACUCGAGUGGAAAUUACACUAUGUAAACAGAAGGCAAGUACACAUGCACAAAUCAAUGUGCUACCCA